GCUUAUGCUGCUGCCGAUGGUGCUGCCGAUGGUGGGUGGGUUCGUGGGUGUCUCCCCUCCUCUAGGUGACAAGCAAACAGCCUGUCGUGUUGGAUGUGAGGACGUUGGAAGUUGUUCGAGGUCACCUGCUCUUCUGUGCACCACCAAAUGCAUCUCAGGAGAGUGUGGCUGAAGCAGACAAGGUUAAAGCCGGUGUGUCCCUCGUCUCCUGGGGCUCGCUGCCUUGCGACCGAGAGCUCAAUCCGGAGUCUGAAAAUACCCCAAGGGUCACCAUAUUAGCUCACGGAAUCAAGAUCAUGCCUGCAUCUCCUUUCCUCCAACGAGAUGAGGGAGCCCCUGUCGACAUCUCCAUCGCUUCUUUGCCAUGCGAUGCCGGCAGUGUUCCCGGACUGCUCAACGACAUCUCGUCGCUGGGAAGCAAGCGAGACCUCUCGGCCGACCGCAAUGCUCGCCUUGACCUGCUUGAGAAAGCAAGGUAUCUCGUCCGAGCUCUAGAGACUCCCCGAGAGACCAUGCUCAAGCACGUCGGCGCGCAACCUCUCGCCUUCAUCUGUAUAGCUCUGGGCAUCGACGUUGGCCUGUUCGAUCUGAUGGCGAAGAAUGAUGGGAGUGCAAAGACAGUGCAAGAGCUUGCUUCGCAGCUGGAGUUUGACCUUGACCCCCUGAGGCGCAUCCUGAGGCACCUUGUUGCCAUGGGAUACAUCAUCCAGACGGACGUCGACGAGUUCAAGCCUAACAACUUCUCCAAGGCCCUGACGAUUCCCCUUGUUAAUGCCGGUUACCCGUUCUACCGAUCCGUCUGCCUGGUCCCCAUGCUCCGCCUCGACCAGUGGAUGAAGAAGAACGACUACAAGGCCCCGUCCAGGCCCCGCGACAGCGCCUUCACCCUCGGCAACCAGACCGACAUGACGCUGUUCGAGUACGUCGCCGCCAAGCCGCCCUUCGGCGCCAUCUUCAACAACCACAUGGGCGGCUACCGCCUCGGCCGCCCCAGCUGGGUAGACCCGGCCGUGUACCCCGCGCGCGCGAACCUGAUCGACGGCUUCGUCCCCUCCUCCCCCUCGGCGGCGCUGCUCGUCGACGUGGGCGGCAGCGUGGGUCACGACCUGGAGCUCUUCCUGCGGGCCUUCCCCGACGCGCCGCCGGCUGGCCGCCUGGUGCUGCAGGACCGGCCGGCCGUCGUCGCGGCGAUACCCGCCGACGGGCUGGACGGGCGGGUCGAGCGCAUGGCGCACGACUUCUUCGCCGAGCAGCCGGUGCGCGGCGCGAGGGCGUAUUACCUCCACUCGGUGCUGCACGACUGGCCUGAUGACCGGUGCGUCGAGAUCGUGGGUCGCAUUGUGGAGGUCAUGGAGCCGGGGUAUAGUAGGCUUGUCGUUAAUGAGCAUGUCAUCCCGCCUGUCGGGGCUAGCUGGGAGGCCACGUUUGCGGAUAUCUAUAUGAUGGGACUGUUUGGGUCGAGGGAGCGUACGGAGGGGGACUGGCGCGAGUUGUUGGAGGGUCGGUGCGGGCUGAAGAUUCGUGGGAUAUGGAACCCGGGGAAUGGCGUUGAGGGGGUCAUUGAGUGUGAGGUGGCUUGAUUUGGGGAGAGGUUAUAUGUUUAUAGCCUGUGUUUGUCCUUUUGGGGUGUGACUUAUCGAGUGAAAGGGUUGCGAAGAUGGUCGGGAUGCAUGUGGCAUAUGUUGCCCCUAUUUGAGGAUGCCG